AUGGAUCAGCCUUCCUUCGCGACACCACCUUACACGGUCAUGCACUUUUUCAAUCACAUCCAGGCUUGGGCUGUGGGUUUCUACUACACAGGAGCCUGGCUGUUCAGUCUAUGCACUCUACGAGAAGCACGAUUGGUGUCUCAAAAGAGACGGCGAAGCAUUCUAAUCUCGAUGCUCACAAUCCUGGGCGCGUACAUGAUAGAGGUUGUCUACCACUUCACUCGGUCGGCCAGCGAACGGGGCUACGAGCCACCACAACCCGCAGUAAUCCGCUGCUUAGGGUCGAUACUGGUCUGGAGCUUUCUGGCGUUUAUGCUUUGGUCGAGCAAGGCGCUGUGCUGGCAUGCGUACUCUGGCGCCUUUGUUCUCCAGUUCGCUCUCGAAACUACGACGUGUCUACUCACAGCCUUGUCCACGCCGGAGAGCAAUCGGCACAGCAACACGCCCUUUGUCAUUGGCUGUGUCAGGGCUACUGCUUCCCUGAUCUUACUUCUCGAUGCCUGUCUCAUUCUGGUCACCAAGCAGGCAGAGACCGCCAGGGACAAGGAAUGCCAACCUCUGCUAGAAAAGGAAGCGGAUAGCUCAGGCGCAUCCAAUAGCAACCCUGGCUACGGCACCGUGACUACCGCAGCCGCGAGCGACGAGAAAGAAGCAGCACCCAAAGACGAUGACAAGGAAAUCAAAGCUCAACAGGCGAAGCGUCUCGAGGAAGAAGGCGGCUGGUUCGGAUAUCUCAAAGGCUUUGCUGUCUUCUUACCCUACUUGUUCCCUAGAGACGACUGGAAGGUCAUGGCCUGCCUGGGUCUACGACUCGUUCACGUGCUGCAAGAGCGCAUCUUCAACUUGCUUACGCCUCGACAGCUUGGUGUGAUCACGAACAAGCUACAGCAGUCUUACGACACUCAGAGUGGCAUUGUGCCUUGGAAGGAUAUCGGCUUGUGGGUCUUGUUUUCUUGCAUCAGCAGUUAUGCCUGCUCGGGCGUUCUUGACGGCAUUGCGCAGUUGGUCAUUUCCAACUGCGCAUAUCGCCGCGUCACCUUGCUAGCUUACGGGCAUGUGCUAGACUUGUCUAUGGACUUCCACACCUCGAAGAACUCUGGCGAGGUCUUGAAGGCCAUUGAACAGGCUACAUCUCUAAGCCUGCUCAUUCAGAUGGUUCUCUUCGACAUGGCGCCGAUCUUACUGGAUCUUGUUAUAGCAAUGUACUACGUCGCUCACCUGUUCGACGCAUACAUGGCUUUCAUCAUCCUCUUCAUGGGCACAGCAUAUAUCGCCACCGGCUUUCACUUCACGACCCUCGCUCAGCCCAAGCGAAGAGACUAUGCUGAGAAGCAGCGUACUGAGAGCUCAACGGUCAACGAGACCGUUCACAACUGGCAGACGGUCGCUUACUUCAACCAAUCAGAAUUCGAACGCAAACGCUAUGCAGACAACAUCACUGCCACUAUCUCCGCUCAGUACUCCUACUUCUUCUGGACCAUGGGCGGUCAGGCAGCACAGGACGCUGUGGUUACUCUCGGGUUCGCAGGAGUCUGCAUCUUCGGUAUGUCGCAGAUCGUGACUGGGCGCAGACCGGUUGGUAAUCUCGUCACCUUGAUCAUGUACUGGUACGCGAUAGUAAAGCCUCUCUAUGUAAUUUCGUACAGCCACCAGCGCAUCUCUAGUGUGCUUAUUGACGCCGAGCGGCUUCUUCAACUGCUCAAUACCAAGCCUACGGUUGUCGACCGAGACGACGCUAGAGACAUUGUGAUUUCUGCUGGACAGGUCGUGUUCAGGGACGUCGAGUUCCACUACGACGAGCACACACCUGUCUCCAAGCGCCUCAACCUGAAGGCUGAGGGGGGACAAACGAUCGCCUUCGUAGGCGAGACAGGAAGCGGUAAAUCGACGAUGCUAAAACUACUCCUCCGCUUCUACGAUGUUACACGAGGUUCCAUCGAGAUCGACGGCCAGGAUCUACGUUCAGUCACGCAAGCCAGUCUUCGCGAUGCCGUGGGCCUUGUUCCCCAGGAUCCUGUCCUUCUCAACCAGAGCAUCCGUGACAACAUCCGCUACGCCAAGCCCGACGCUUCCGACCGCGACAUUGAAGAUGCCUGCCGCGCCGCCGCCAUCCACGACGACAUCACCGGCCUUGCUGGCGGCUACAACUCGAAAGUUGGCGAACGCGGCGUUCGUCUCUCGGGUGGCCAACUCCAACGCAUAGCUAUUGCCCGCGUACUGCUCAAGAGUCCCAAGAUUGUCAUGCUCGACGAGGCCACAUCCGCAAUCGACUCCUCGACCGAAGCGCGCAUCCAGCAAGCCUUCAGCCAGUUGAGCCAGGGCCGCACUACCUUCGUCAUCGCGCAUCGCCUGAGUACGAUUGUAGACGCGGAUCAGAUUCUAGUGGUCGACAAGGGUGAGAUCAUCGAGAGGGGGACACAUCAGGAGUUGCUGGAGAACCAGGGUAGCAAGUAUGCGGAGCUUUGGUCGAAGCAGACUGCGGGGCUUGUGCCCAAAACGCCAUCCAAGGAAGACGCCGACAAGGAUGGAGAGAUAGGGACAGUGGCGGAGACAGGCGGGAGCAAGGCAUCGUAG